UUGAAGAGUGAGAUGAUUCAUUUCAUCUGAUUUUGAAUUGAGAAAACAGAGAUGGAGGAGACGGGAGUACUAUCGGCGAAAGAGGCAUUUGAGAAGCUUGAGAAGGUGGGAGAAGGGACAUACGGGAAGGUGUACAGAGCAAGAGAGAAGGCCACUGGGAGGAUCGUCGCACUCAAGAAGACUCGCCUCCACGAGGACGAAGAAGGUGUCCCUCCCACCACUCUCCGUGAGAUUUCCAUUCUGCGAAUGCUCUCUCGCGAUCCCCAUGUCGUUAGGUUACUGAAUGUAAAUCAAGGUCUCAACAAGGAAGGCAAGACAGUGCUCUACUUGGUAUUCGAGUAUAUGGACACCGAUCUCAAGAAAUAUAUCCGUUCUUUCCGUCAAACUGGAGAGAACAUUCCACCUCAAACCGUCAAAGUAAAAUCCUUUUCAAUUUUUCAGAUCUCUCUGUAUAUAUUCAAUAUUCGCUUUCUUAAACCAAUGUUGUUACAGAGCUUGAUGUACCAACUUUGCAAGGGCGUUGCUUUCUGCCACGGUCAUGGAAUCUUGCACAGGGACUUGAAGCCUCACAAUCUCUUGAUGGACCGAAAAACAAUGAUGCUUAAAAUAGCAGAUCUUGGACUCGCUCGAGCAUUCACUGUACCUAUUAAGAAAUACACGCAUGAGAUACUAACACUUUGGUAUAGAGCCCCUGAAGUCCUCUUGGGAGCUACCCAUUACUCAAUGGCUGUCGACAUGUGGUCCGUUGCCUGCAUAUUUGCCGAACUUGUCACUAAACAAGCACUCUUUCCUGGUGAUUCAGAGCUGCAACAACUCCUUCAUAUAUUCAGGCUAUUGGGCACUCCUAAAGAAGAGAUGUGGCCAGGCGUGAGUAAACUAAUGAACUGGCAUGAAUACCCCCAAUGGAACCCUCAAAAUCUGUCAACGGCUGCUCCAAAUUUUGGUGAGCUUGGCCUGGAUCUGCUAUCUCAAAUGUUGAAGUAUGAACCUUCCAAGAGGAUUUCUGCAAAGAAAGCAAUGGAACAUCCUUACUUUGAUGAUCUGGACAAAAGGCACCUUUAGAAAGAACAAAUUGAACCAAGAUUUGGACGUACAAGUUUAUGACUACCAAUUUGCUUUAUGCUUUUCUCGAGCGUUUGUUGUAAUGUUUUAGGGCGAUUAACUUUCUGCCGUUAUAUUUUUCAUAUUCAAGGAGUUAUGGAGUGAUUGCACUUUGGGAUUUAUUUCAUAGUCUCUAAAAUAAAUCACUUCUAUGUUUACAUGUCAUUCUAAUGAAAAUAUCAAGUUCUUUACCUGUCA